CGUCUCCGAGUUGUCAGGCAUGGGACACGGCGGUGAGCAAGAUGUCUUUACUCUCAGAUCAAGCAUACCCAACUUGAGCUCGACUUAUGGCAGGCAAUGAUCCUUCUCUUUGUUUUACGCUACCAUUCAUGGUGCAAAGUUUUUAUUGUCAUCGUGUAUGGAUAAUCAGUGGCAAAAACAUCUACGUCGUCAUACCGAUAAUUUUAUUUGCAGUUUCGUCUUAUGUGCUUGGUUUGAUAGUCAUUCCGCCGCAGGAGGUUGGGGCUUUCUCGAGCGACGCAAUACUCAGAAUCUCUGCCGCAGGAGCAUUUCAGAGCGUUCUGUGCGAUUCUACGAUCAGUCUUUCUGUCUACUUUUACCUACGCCCUGCAAGAGCUGGUGUCCACCGCACGGACACCCGUAUUCAGAACAUAACCAAGAAAUUCACCACCAUGGGCUUUCUUGUGUGUUUGUUGGCUAUCAGCAUAUUCAUCUUGUACUGGGCAAAUGGGUUUGCUGCCAUCGGAGGUGUAGCCAUGGUUCUCAGAAGUUCAUAUGCCAAUUCGUUACUAUCUACACUCAACGCCAGGAAGCUACCUAGUAGGCCUCAACCGACGGAUAUCGAACUUCCAACGAUUUCAGUGCAUAAUUCGAGAUAAGCUGGUUACCCUGCACGCACUGAGUUCCGGAAGCUGAAUUCAAACACUAAAUGGUCGUAUCCAUAAGCAUUUGUGUUCUUGUGAAUGUGAUAACUUAACACUAAGAACAUGAGCAUAUUCGUGUUCUCAUUGCAUGCAAUGCAAGUAAAUGGAAUACUACGUCUUAUACUAGUAGCUCUGGU